GGUGGCAGUGUGGCCCGGCGGACUGUUGUGAACGUCCUCUUUCGUGACGCGAGUCCUCCGCUCAGAGUCUCUCGUGUUUAACUGUGGCCGCUGUGCAGCAAAACUGGAUUUAAUAACGACCCAGAGUGGACAGACACACCACAGGACAUCUUUCACCCGCACAUAGAUUGACAGCUACCUUCAACAAUGUCUCGUUUCUUCGCCACCGGGUCUGACAGUGAGUCAGAGGAGUCCUCGUCUGCCGAUGAGAUCACUCCCAAAGCACCCGGGACAACUUUCAAGCAGUCAUUGCUGCUUAGUGAUGAUGAGGAGGACACUAAGAGAGUGGUGCGCAGCGCCAAAGACAAAAGAUUUGAGGAGUUGACCAACCUCAUCAAGACCAUCCGCAAUGCUAUGAAGAUCCGUGACAUGGCCAAAUGUCUGGAGGAAUUUGAGCAGCUAUGUCGAGCCUUCCUCAAAAGCAAGAAUAUAGUGGACAAAGAAGGUGUUCCUCCUUUCUACAUUCGUCUUCUUGCCGACCUGGAGGACUAUCUGAACCAGCUUUGGGAGGACAAAGAGGGCAAGAAGAAGAUGAACAAGAACAAUGCAAAGGCCCUCAGCACUCUACGUCAGAAGAUCCGCAAGUACAACAGAGAUUACGAAUCAGAAAUUGCUGCAUACAAGGAGAACCCACAGGAGUCUGCGGAUGAAGAGGAGGAGAAGGAGCCAGAGGAUUCUGGUUCCUCUUCUGAGAGUGAAGGAGAGACAGGCGAUGAGACAGCCAAGGCCUUCUUGAAGAAAAAACCUGAGCCUACUCCAGACGCCAGCAAGUUCCUCAAGUCUGCCAAGGGAUCUGGGGAUGAGUCCUCUUCCAGUGAGGAUGAUGAUGAUCCGGAAGACUGGGGCUCAGAUACUGUUGACAGUGGCAGCGAUAGCUCGGAUGAAGGGGAGGGAAAAGGUGCUAACCUGGCUGUGGUCUUCCUCAAGAAGGCCCAGGAGACUGAGAAGUCCAGCGAAAAGAAGGUCGGGAAGAAGAAGAAGCACAAGAAAGAGCGGCUCCAGGACGAGGCUGAGGAGGAGGGAGGAGAGGAGGUUGAGGGAGGCUGGGAGAAAGUGAAGGGAGGCGCCCCAAUGGUCAAGGAAAAGCCCAAGAUGUUUGCCAAGGGCACAGAGAUAAACACAACAGUGGUGGUGAAGAAGCUGCAUGAGAUCCUGCAAGCAAGAGGCAAGAAGGGCACAGACAGGGCUGCCCAGAUUGAACUUCUCCAUCUUCUGGCUGCCAUCUCUGCUGAGAAUAACUUGGGUCAAGGUAUCCUGGUCAAGAUUAAGUUCAACAUCAUCGCCUCCCUGUAUGACUACAACCCCAACUUGGCAGCCUUCAUGAAGGCCGACAUGUGGAAGAAGUGCCUGGAUUGUAUCAACGAGCUGCUGGACAUCCUCUUUGAGGAGAACAACAACAUCUUCAUUGGGGAGAACAUUGCAGAGGACAGCGAGAGUCUGGCAAUCUCUGACCAGCCAUUCAGGGUGCGUGGAUGUGUCUUAACUCUGGUGGAGAGGAUGGAUGAAGAGUUCACCAAGAUCAUGCAAAACACUGAUCCCCACUCACAAGAAUAUGUUGACAAUCUGAAAGACGAGGGACGAGUUUGUGGCGUCAUUGACCGGCUGCUCGACUAUUUGGAGAACAAGGGCAGCACUGAAGAGAUUUGCCGCGUCUACCUGCGCAGGAUAAUGCACACCUACUACAAGUUUGACUACAAGGCCCACCGGCGCAGCCUGGCCCUCCAGGGAGAGACCAAGUCUGAGCAGGACCAGGAGGAGUGCGAGGGGGAGGACAGCGCUGUGAUCAUGGACCGUCUCUGCAAGUUCAUCUAUGCCAAAGAUCGCACCGACCGCAUCCGUACCUGUGCGAUCCUCUGCCACAUCUAUCACCACGCUCUGCAUUCACGCUGGUACCAGGCCCGUGACCUGAUGCUGAUGAGCCACCUGCAGGACAACAUCCAGCACGCUGACCCGCCCGUACAGAUCCUGUACAACAGAACCAUGGUCCAACUGGGCAUCUGUGCUUUCAGACAGGGCAUGAUAAAAGAUGCCCACAAUGCCCUGCUGGAUAUCCAGUCCUCUGGCCGUGCCAAGGAGCUCCUGGGUCAGGGUUUGCUCAUGAGGAACAUGCAGGAGAGGAACGCCGAGCAGGAGAAGAUCGAAAAGAGAAGACAAGUGCCGUUCCACAUGCACAUUAACCUGGAGCUGCUGGAGUGUGUGUACCUGGUGUCAGCCAUGCUGUUGGAGAUUCCAUACAUGGCUGCCCAUGAAUUUGACGCCCGCCGCAGGAUGAUCAGCAAGCAGUUCCACCACCAGCUUAGGGUGGGAGAGAGACAGCCACUGUUGGGGCCCCCAGAGAGCAUGAGGGAGCACGUGGUGGCCGCCAGCAAAGCCAUGAAGAUGGGAGACUGGCGAACCUGCCACUCAUUCAUCAUCAAUGAGAAGAUGAACAGUAAAGUGUGGGACCUGUUUCCCGAGACUCAGCGAGUACGCCAGAUGCUUGUCAGGAAAAUCCAAGAGGAGUCGCUGAGGACUUAUCUGUUUACGUACAGCAGUGUGUAUGACUCCAUCAGCAUGGGGACACUGUCUGAGAUGUUUGAGUUAGAGAUCCCCACGGUUCACAGCAUAAUCAGCAAGAUGAUCAUCAACGAGGAGCUGAUGGCAUCACUCGACCAGCCCACACAGACGGUGGUGAUGCACCGCACAGAGCCCACCUCCCUGCAGAACAUGGCUCUGCAGCUGGCCGAGAAACUGGGCAGCCUGGUGGAGAACAACGAGCGUGUCUUUGACCUAAAACAGGGCGUCUACGGAGGCUACUUCAACAGAGAUCAGAAAGGUGGCUACCAACAGAACAAGUCCUAUCAGAGAGAUCAGAAAGGUUCAUACCACGGGAAUAAGUCGGGCUACCAGAGAGGCGGCUACAGAAACCAGAACCAAAACAACUACUAGGCUUUGAACGUGAGGAUUUCAGCCUCACCACCUGAAUUAGUUUUCAUUCCAUAACAACAACCACCACCUUCUGUACUUGGCACUUGGCUGUGUGCUGUUCUCCUUGUUUGACUCAAAACUGAUCCUGAUACAGCUGAAGGUCAAUGAAGUUACAAGCUUUUCUCACUGCAACUGCAUAGUGACUUUUUUAUUCCGGUUCUGACAACUUCUUUGGAUAAACGUGAAGAGUUUUAAGAUUAAUGCUAAAAGAAAAUGGGACACGAAAGGCAGCGCAGUGAGGUUAGUUUGUGGCAGUGGAGUCAGCUGACAGUUACAUCAAGUAGUGUUGACAAAUACUUAUUAAAUAAACAAUAAUAAACAGUGA